GUGACCUUGACCGGUUGGAAGUUCGGAUUUUUUGGUGAAAAAUGAAUGAAAUAUCGGCGAUUUUAGACACUUUAAUGGACGAGAAUGUCCUCUAUACUCUUUCAAUCGUGGCGGUAUCAUCUAUAGCUACUAUUGGUGCCGUUUUUGCUGGUUACAAAGUUGUAUUUCGGAAGAAAGAAGAUCGUUUAUUGGCGUCGCCUGCUAACGACGCUGGUUCAACAUGCCCAACCAUGACCACUGGAAAACGGCUGCAAGGCCAAGGACAUGAAGGAGGAGCAGUAAAGCAUAGCAAAUGCGAUGGUGUAAAGAAGUCCGCUCAAAAGGAUGAAGGGGAAAAUGCUGUUGAUGAUGGUUUUUCUGAAGAAGAUGAACCCCCAGCACUCGUAUCUGCCAAUCAAGAACCAGACAGGGAUCCUUUUGAAUACUGUGAGCAUAUUCAGGGUGAAGUGAAGAAGAUCAGACAAAACCUUGCCACAAAGAAAAUCCAGGAGGCCAUGACACAAGAUCAGAUUGACGAGGAACGUGAUGCUCAAAGAAAGCAGCUGGAGGCAAUAUUCUCUAUGAUGGCAGAGGAAAAUGAUAAAUUUGGCAUUCAGUCCCUUGACGAUAUUCAAACCCAGAUGGGUCUGUAUGUCUGAAACCUCUUACUUACAAGCAAUAAGCCCAAGGACUUCUGGUGGUUUCUGCUAUCAAAGAGGCUACUGAUGAAAGACAUUCAUCUGGGAAGAGUAUUAUAAUUUCUGGACACUGAUACGUAUUAAAAAGUUAUUCGAACUGAAGAACAUGAAAACCUUUAUAAACCAGGACAAUUACAAUUGCAUUGAUAUCAAUGUUUUAUGUCAGUGAGGGACUUCAUUUUCUCAAGGUAAAACAUUUCAGUAUCAUUUAUGCAUAAUAAGAAAAGUAACAAUAUGCAACCAUGGUAUUUCAAAGUUCCCAGUUAUUGCUUUGAUAUCAAAGAUCACCCAGAGUCCGGGGUGGUUCUGGAAGAGCUUAGUGUCAAAAGACCUAAGCAUCAGUGUACUAAUCACUGUUUAGGAUUUUGGACACUAAGCUUUAGUCACUUAUUAGUCAAGACUCUAGUAUGCGCAUUUCAUCCGUCCAAGUGAAUUAGUAUUGGCAUAUUUUACCAAAGAUUUCAAUGAGUUCUUUCUGAAAUUCUAAAAUUUGAUUGCGAAUGUACAUGUAUGGCAUAAAAGGGCAGUUCUAAAAACUCAGUUUGUCAGUUUGAAUUUUUUUUUUUUUAAAUGGGAAGAUAAAAACCCUAAUACAUUGUAGAGCCAUUCCUGAUUAUGAAGUGAAUGUAGUUAUGUUAACCAAAUAAUUGUUUGUGAAGUGUGUAAAAACAUAUUCAUGUACCAGUAUAUUCAUCGGUCUGGUAUGUAGAAACUACCACCACUGUACCAGUACAUGAUGAUCUGAAGAUUUCUUGAAUUCAGAUUAAUACUCCGCACUGUCUACAGUUAGUAUGUAUAGCAUACCCAAAGUGUACUGCACGCAAUCCAACGCUUUUCAUCAAUAGUUAGACUGUGGGCAGUGUGUAGGCAUGCAUCUGGUCGAAUCGAUCUUUUCCAUCUCGUUCAUUUUAGUCUUGUCUGUCAUCCUGAGAUCGGGGGUUCUUUCCACUCCUCCCUUGGGUGCAGUGAUAAUGGACCUGGUAGAGCACUGCGGAGGCCAUCAUGAUAAAUGGAUGCAAGAAAUCUGAAGGUCAUUUGUGUCCAUGCGUUGUACAUUUUGAUGUCAAUAGGUUCAUGUUCUUUUUUGAGAUUGUUCAUAAACCGGAACAUACUGUGGCAUACAUGUAAGCCUUCUAAGCUUAACAGAGCUAUUUUCAUGGACUACGUAUACAAUCCAUUUUCAGAAAAUCAGAUUACAUUGCAAUGGAGUCGCGUGUAGAUCACAAAGGCGUACUAUAACUUCCACCUGAAGUGAAGCUCCAUAUCCAUCUUCGACAAUUAGUGACAAAGAAAAAUGUCUUUUAUGAUUUUGUUAGCAGCUGUUGAUUGAUCUGCAAGUUGUGUUAACUCAAAAAGUUGGUUUCGUGAUUUUUAUGGCUGGAGCAUUUUGCCUUUGUGUCCUGGAACUACCAAGUGGGGCAAAAAUGUUCAUGUCCAGAGUGAUGGGCUCAUUGUUAUUGUAUCAAUCAUUCAUGUCAAUCAUCAUCAUAUUUAUAUACUUGUAAUUUUAGUAUUUUUGUUGCAGUAGAUGUUGUUAUUUGUUACUCUGGAUGCAGUAUUAAAAUGUGUUUUAAAAUAA